AUGAUCUCAGCAUUGAGUAGUCCACGCCUAUGGUACAGAGAUAAAACCAGUCUCAAGAUUGGUGAAGUAAAUAGGUAUACAAUCAGGUAUAAGGCCCAGGAUGAGACCAUAAGUAAAAUCUAUUUCAGGCUCAAGAAUAUUGAAAAGACGGGGAUUCGUACUGUUCAUCUCAUCAGCGGUCCGUUUAUUCUUUACUGUCAUGUUAUACCAUGCAAUUACAACUCGCGACGCAAGUUUGAAGCUUCCAACCCCAAAGAAAAUGCCGAGGUUGUGUUUGAGAACCAAAUAAAACCUAAUCAAGCAUUCAAUACUACUUUGCUACUAAAUGAGAACUCAUUGUUUGAAACAAAAGUUGAAGAUGGUAAAAAACUCAAGUUUUAUCAAUGGGAGAUUGAUGUUGUUUCCCAAAUUGUCAUUACGAAAAAAACACGAGUCGAUUACGAUUUAAUGAUUGGAGAAGAUUUGGAGUAUAUGAAAAGAUUACGAUAUAAUGCAAUCGAAAAGACAUUGACUAGUAUUGCUUCACCAAAUCACGCAGAAGAAGAGGAAGGGAAAAGAAGCAAAGGCGAAUACUUGGGAAAAGAAAAGAAUCUGAAAAUGAAGAUGGAGAUGGAGAUGGAGCUGGAGAUACAUUCUGAUUUAAAAUAUACUAAAAAUCAUGUUUUCAAUCCACAACUAACGGUUGUCAAAAAGGACACAAAUGAAAUAUGGAACCGACCGCCGCCAUCUCCGCUCAAGCCCGUGCAUCUAGUUAUUGUGACACAUGGCAUCUUCUCCAACCUUACUGCAGAUAUGUUGUACCUCAAGGAUGUGCUUGAAGAGAAAGUAAAGGAAAAUAUCAUGGUUAGAGGAUUUCGCUACAAUGCUGGUCGCACAGAGAAGGGUGUGAAAAAGCUUGGUAUUAAUGUAGCUUUGUACAUCAUUGACUUGAUUGAAAACCCACCAUACAAAUUUGACAAAAUAUCGUUUAUUGCUCACUCCCUAGGUGGCGUUGUGCAAUUGUAUGCAAUCAAAUAUAUCCUUGUUACGAAAGGUGUCGAUUUUUUCAAAAAAGCCAAUAUUGAGCCUGCCAAUUUUACGACAUUAGCGAGUCCAUUUUUGGGAAUAAUGAAUGAGCUCAAUUUUGUUCUUUCAUGGGCCUUGGAUUUGGGAACAUUGGGCCGAACAGGACGUGAUUUGACCUUGCUGAAGCGACUACCAGCAUGGAAGGAUGUUGAGCUUGGCGACCAUCAUAAGAAGAAAGAUUCCAUCAAGCCUAUUUUGGAGACGUUACCAGAUGAUCCCUUGCAAACAUUUUUGGGUGAAUUUCAGAAAUUGACAAUAUACGCCAAUGCGAUAAAUGAUGGGAUAGUGCCAUUGCGGACAGCAGCGUUGCUUUACUUGGAUUACGAGGCAUUGGGUGAUGUUAAUGAAUUAAAGCGGACAAACCAUGUUGCAGAACAUCCAGAGUUGGAAGAUAAGCAUCAUGAUGUGCAAAGCAUAGAGAGUAACGAGACUGUGCUGGAAGUUCCAGAUGAUAGAGGACAAACUGAUGAUGAAGGUGCUGAAAAUGAAAAUGAAAAUGCAAGUGAAAAUGAAAAUGAAAAUGAAAGUGCAAGUGAAAGCGAAAAUGCAAGUGCAAGUGAAAUUGAAAGUGAGGAUGACGGGAAUAACACAAAGCGUAACAAUAAAGGUAAUACAAAACUCAAAGAGACUCUGCAGCAUGCUCAAGUUGAGCAUUCCAAGGUUCUGGAAAAACACCAUUUGAAGUUUGCUGCUAGUAAGUACCUUGAAUUCUUUAGUCUUAGUUCGCCGACGAAAUUAAAAAUGGCAGAUCGACAGAAACGGUACAAGAACUUUACCAUAAAGGGCACUGAUACUGAUGAAAUUGGAAACCAAGCGCCACCAAAUGGCUCACAUAAUCUUGACAAGGGAAAAGUGAAAGACCGAGAUAAUGAUAAAGAUAAAGUUCAAAAUAAAGAUAAUAAUGUCAAAGAGAAGGACAAGAGUGGUUCUGGAAACACCAAGGAUGAGCAAUUGUCUUUGGUGAUACCACCUAGAGCAUCAGCUAUAGAAUCAGCAAUAAAUACGCUCAUUUGUCCUAUUCCAUCCCAGGAAUAUAUCAUGAACCCUGCGCUGCGACACCCUGUUAUCUUUCAUGAUCGAUAUUACCAUCUUGACAAAACUGCGGAAAGUGAAAAUGGAGAUGGCAACGAUAACAAGAGAGGCGGUUGGUUUUAUGAAAGGUUUAUCAAGUAUCGUGGGAAAUGGAAAUUGCAUAAGCAAGUGUUGAUUGCAAACAAGUAUCAUACUAAGAAUUUGACUUGGAGGAAAGUAUUGGUGAACCUACCUCCAGAUGCACAUAACAAUAUUGUGGUGAGAAGAAGAUUUGCCAAUGGGUACGGAUGGGGUGUUAUAAAUCAUUUGUGUGAAAAUUUAUUUGAUUGCGAAGAAUCAGAAGAGGAGGCGAUUAAUGACGAUAUGGGAGAUAAUGGUGAAGUGGCUACACAGCCUGAUGAGUUAAAAGCAAAAAUUUGA